AUGUCAAAAGUCAACACGAACAUGUUUGCAACAGCUGGUGUUGAUCUUGCCCUUGCCGGCCAGCGACCCGGACUCUUGACCCUGCCUUUGAACAUUAUCGCUGUGCUUGUGGCGCAUUUGGACAAUGUUGCGGACCUCGCUCGCCUUUGCCGUACAUGUCGGGUGUUGAACUAUAUGGCUCUCCCACAGCUCUACAAAGACCUUACGCUCACGUCGUAUGAUAAAUUCCGAUACCGCGACGAAUUUGUGGAAGGAUGGGGCAGUGGUAGCCCAUUUUCCAUUGCCCUCAAUGCGGUGGUGACCCGAAACGUGGGUGGGUUAGUUCGGUCUCUAACGCUGCGGGGUGAGUGGAGGGAGAAUGAGCUGGAGGAACAUGCGAGAGUCGGGAGGGUGCCGGAUUCGUCAAUGAUGCUGAAUAUCGUGGUGAGGGCGGCGGUGGAUAAGAUGCCUGGGUUAGAAUCUGUCAGCUGGGAGCUCAAUACAAAAAUGUUGCAGACGGUGUAUCAGGGGCUUGCCCAGCUGCCCAGGCUGAAGUCUUUAACAGUACGAUUCCCAUCGAGUCGGCAUCCUCGACCAACUAUUGUUAUUCCAGCGAUGCCGCAUCUACGCGCGCUUAAAAUCACGGAUAUUGAUCCCCUUUGCUACCCGGAUGACCUAUCUACAUUGCUAUAUCAGAGCAAAAAAUUACGAGAGUUGAGGCUACACUGGUCCCCCCGGAUGCAGGAAGCGCAGGAGGCGAGCGUCAAUUUCACUGACUAUUUUCGCAAGUGCAUUGCGGCCAAAUCGCCAGUGAAACUCAAAAAGGUUGCAUUCCAAAAUUUAUACUCGCUCCAUAGAGAGGAAAUCAUGUCUGGCAUUGACUAUUCUGGGCUAGAAGACCUUACUGUAUUUACUGCGCCUUUUGAUACUAUGUCCUUUGUGGAAAAUAGCUGGCCGAUGCCGAAUUGGGUGCUGAAUUUAAAGUCCAUACGAUUUGACCGUCUGGAAAAACGAAGUUGCGAGUUAUUAGGCAAUCUCGAAGGAUUGGAAAAGUUUUAUUUAGUGACUGGCAUCCGAAGCCCAGGAGAUUACCGUAACAGUCCUAAACACUUUUCCUUAGAGUCAUCCACGAUUCUGACGCCGGAUUCUUCACCUGCAGGACGGAGGAGAUCAGCCUCAGCUAACGACCGGACCCCAAGCUCUAUCUCUAAUAUCGACAACUUCAUACCCCAGGCAUCGCCGACGGUAUUGAAUUUUCCACUCCACGUCCGUGACCCACUUUUUCAAGUAAUAACAUCCGGUCUUGGGUCCACGCUCCGGCACCUUCUCCUCCCUUCCCGAUGGACUCUACCUCCACACCUAAUUGCACGACUGCCUCCAGAAAUUAAUGCUCGCUCAAUCGCUGAAGUGGUUGAUAUGGACGAUUGCAUCCACAACGAAGUAAUGGGCGUGUCGCUCGCGGACAUGGAGAUUUUUGGAACACUAAAGAUAAUCGGGCUUGGCUGGAAAGCGUGGGAGUUGGGCGCACUAUAUACAAUUCCUGCAUCCAAGGCCACCCAAGCAUUCCUCUUGAGAGACGAAAAUGCAAUUGCAUUGAAAUAUCAUUCUGCGCCAGACGAUCUUUCGGACGAUCAAUUGGUGGAGAUGAGAUUUUCGAUUCCAGAAUCCAUUCAGCGACACCGGCAGGCAUCAUUGAACACAUGGCCGACUACUUCUUCCCCGCGAGGAAAGCGGAAACGGCGAUCAUACAGUAGCGAUCUCAAUGGCGAUAGUAGCAUUAACAACCACAGCCCUGUUCCUAACCCUAAUAAUCACCAAAAUACGCUCUCAUCCCCUUCACUCCCAACCACCUCAACCUCGACAACAAACCCCAAUCAGCAAAUCCCACCCUCCCCAUCCAGAGCUUCCUCCGUCUCCACAAUGACAACAACAGCCACCAGCCCUUCCACCGAACCCCAAGCCCAGGUCCCAGGCCACAGUCCUAACCCUCCUCCCAUCUCGGCCAAACCAUCCCUAACACAACCUCCCAUACAACAAACCCCUCCUCCAUCUCAAUCCGGCCACACUCUUACUUUCCCUUGCGGAGACAAACCCAUGUCUAAGUCUAACGAUACCAUGAGGGACGUAAUACAGUGCAUAAACUUCAAGGGGCUAUCUGGGGGAGGAGAUGUGCUUUACCGGCGGCGGGUUAAGCGGGUGGGGUGGGAGGUGCUGAAGCACUGGGAAAUCUGGGGCCUGGAUGUUCAGGAGAUCUGA